AUGCAAGGGAGAACUACUGAAGCAACUCAUGGGGGGACUUGUAUACCAGUCUAUUAUAAAUACUGUGGCUAUAUAGAACUACUGAAUCAAACUACAACCAUAGACCCACCGACCACCUCCGUCUUCAUACACACCGACGGCUGCCCACUCUCCGGACAAGAAGGCACCAAACUCACAUCCCAACUCAUCCGCGGGCGUAUAUGCAAAGAAACUAAAACCAACGCCGCUUUGACGGUGCUUACAAAGGAGAAAUAUGCGGGUAGCAUAUUUCAGAACCUUGUUAUGGAGGUUCCGGCGAGGACGUUGAUUGGGUAG